AUGGCAGCUUUUGAUGAAAUAUAUGAUUAUGUUGAGAAAGAUACAUUUAUUAGAUAUUUUAGAUUAUCAAUCUUUAUAUUUGCUUAUUUAGUUUUUAGGAAAUAUUAUAGUAAUUGGGCAGCUAAAAAACAAUCUGAUCAUCAAGCAAGAUUAGAUGCACUUGAAAAAGAAAAUAAGCCAGAGCAAGAAAGAAUAGCUAAAGAACAAGAAUUAGAAUUAUUAGAAUCUGAAUCAAAAGAAUUUGGAUGGGGUAAGAAAACAAGAAGAAAUGUUAAAGUUACUGAACAUGUUUUAAAUGAUAUUGCUGCUGAACAAAAUUUACGAAAUCAAAGUUUUUAUAAUGCUCAAGAAGAUGCUGAUAUAGAAGAGUUAUUAGAAGAUUAA